UGAGGCACUUAAUCCAAUUGUAUUCAACGUUGAACAGAGGGGGGGAAAGUCGAGAAUCUCAAAACAGGUUUACCCAGUUGUGAGUUAACCUGUAAACCGAUGGUUAAUCUUCUGUAAGGGUAGUUCAGCAACAAAGAUAAAGUGGACUCCGCUUUUUAGAAGUCUACAUACAUAGCAGCGCGUUUUCAAACUUGAAAGUUGACCAAGAAGGGAAUACGUUUAGCUUGAAAUGGGAGCGCUAUUGGCAUUCAUCAAGAAACUGUGGUGUGUCCGAAAACAGCUGAUACUAGUUCUCGCACCGCUUCUGCUUCUCCCGUUAGUUUUUUUGCUUCCAGAGAAGGAGGGGAGAUGCCUGUAUGUGGUGCUGCUGAUGGCCAUAUUCUGGUGCACAGAAGCACUCCCAUUGGCCGUCACCGCCCUCCUGCCCAUCUGUCUCUUCCCCACCCUGGGAAUCCUCCCCUCAAAAAAGGUCUGCCCUCAGUACUUCCUUGACACCAACUUCCUGUUCUUCAGCGGCCUGGUGAUGGCGUCCGCCAUCGAGGAGUGGAACCUGCACCGCAGGAUUGCUCUGAAAGUCCUGAUGGUUGUUGGGCUGAAACCGGCUUGGCUCAUCCUGGGCAUGAUGCUCACAAGCGCCUUCCUCUCCAUGUGGCUCAGCAACACAGCCACCACCGCCAUGAUGCUGCCCAUUGCCAGCGCCAUCCUGGAGAGCUUGUUCGGAGACUUGCAGUCACUGAAGGAGAAGUGCAAGAUCAAGGAUGAGCCAGAAGGUAAAGCACCUGUGAAGUUGCAUGCGCUGACCUCCGAAAAACAAAUACUGACAAUAGAGGAUGGGAAGGAUAUUCAGGAGCAGAGUGAGGGGAGGACUGCUGUGGAGAGCAGGGAGGAGGCCCAGUAUCAGCUGAAGGUGUGGAAGGGCUUCCUGAUCUGCAUCCCCUACGCUGCCAGCAUUGGAGGGACUGCCACUCUGACUGGGACUGCCCCUAAUCUCAUCCUGGUCGGCCAGAUGAAAAGCUACUUCCCAGACUGCGAUCUCAUCAACUUUGGCUCCUGGUUUAUUUUUGCCUUUCCUCUGAUGGUGUUCUUUCUGCUCCUGGGGUGGAUAUGGAUCGCCUUUCUCUAUGGGGGACUCACGACACAAAUUCGGCUUUGCGGUGCAAAGCAGGAUCACAGAGCAGCCAUGGAAGCCAAAGCCAAGGCCGUUGUUGAUGAAGACUACCAGAAACUGGGCCCUAUGAAUUUUGCAGAGAGAUCCAUAGGUUUUUUUUUUUUCAUGUUUGCCAUACUCCUCUUCACCAGAGAUCCAAAAUUCUUUCCAGGAUGGGAAACGUUUUUCACCAAAGGGUACGUGUCAGACGCUGUCACUGGUGUUGUCAUAGUCUCCAUUCUGUUCUUCUUCCCCUCCCAAAGGCCUUGCUUUAACUGGUGGUUUGAUUUUCGCUCACCAAACACUCCGUACGUCCCUCUCGUGUCGUGGAAGAAAGCACAGGAGUCUGUCCCCUGGAACAUCAUCCUGCUGCUCGGUGGAGGGUUCGCUAUGGCCAAAGGGUGUGAGGAGUCAGGUCUGGCCUCGUGGAUCGGGAAGCAUCUCCAGCCGCUGGCCGAUGUUCCGCCCGGCCUGGCCCUGCUGCUGAUCACCGCCUUCGUCGCCUGCUUCACAGAGUUUGCCAGCAAUACUGCCACCAUCAUCAUAUUCCUGCCUAUCAUCGCUGAGCUGGCGUUGCACAUCAAGAUCAACCCUCUCUACUUCAUGAUACCCGCUACCACCGGCUGCUCAUUCGCAUUCAUGCUGCCCGUCUCCACCCCACCGAACUCCAUCGCCUUUGCAUCUGGCCAUCUUAUGGUGAAGGACAUGGUCAAGACCGGUGCUAUGAUGAACAUCCUGGGUAUACUGUCGGUCUUUCUGGCUGUUAACACUUGGGGAAUGUACAUGUUCGAUCUCUCUACGUUUCCGGACUGGGCCAUUCCAGUCAACACAUCCACGCCUAUGGCAAAGCAGAUCAACCUUACGGUCACACACUUAAACACAACCGUGUGAAGAAGGACACACCCCCUUCCCACCCCUAUCUCUCAGGCUCCUCCAAUCAAAAUGCAAAUCUAAAUACCUGUGUAUUUAAGGUUCAAAUUUUAUUUUGAAUCAAAAGAAUUCAGGUUUAGAAUCAUAUUAUUAUAUCAUAAAUAUCUAACUUGAUAUCUGUGAUUUAAAGGCCUGAAUGUAUUCUGAUUCAGUCUGUUUUUUGGACAUUUUUAAUAUGUUCUGGUGUUAUUAUUAUUUGUUACAUUAUUUGUUAUUUGUUCAAUUAAAGAAAUUAUUUUUUAAUUUAAAGCUAAUUUUAAGUUCUAUGGCACAUACAGUAAAGGUUGAGUCUUCCUGUGAAGGAUGUUGAGAAACUGUUACGCAUCUUGUAAUUGUCUUAAUGGGUUAUGAAUGUACACUUAAAUUGUAAGGAGCUUUUUCUGUAUAUGUAGGUUUUGAUAUUGCAUUUUUAUUUUAAAAGACACAUCCAGACAUUUUUAUGAAGUACGUUUAUGUGACACCUUUGUUAUUAUUUGGGAUAUUUCCACUGAUUUGAGGUGUGACUUCUCAUCUUUUCCUGGCACUGUUCUGUGUGAAAUGAAAAAUGUGUUAACUGACAUUACAGUGUUGAAAAGGAGCAAUGUGAUGAUCAUGGAAAGAUAAUCAUAAACUUGUGUUUGGAUGAUUCUGACCGUUGGUUACACAGUUACAAUAUAGAGGGUGAGUAUUAACUGAGUUGACUCAUAUUGCCUUCAGUCAGUUUUAUGGACAUUUUUGCUGUAUUCUGCUGCCAGAGAAAAUGCACAAUAUUAAAUGUCUGUCGGAAGAAUAUUUUUAUCAAUGUACAGCAUCUGUACAUAUCAGGAUUUGUUCUCACAUUUGUCACUCCUAUGUGCUACUGUGCACUCACACACAUGUAAGGACACUCAUACACAUGCACAUACACAACAGGGCUCCAGACUUUGCGUUAGUGCAGUUGUCUAACGGUGGCAUGUUCAUGAAAUUUGGUGGUGCAACAUUUUGCCGUGGUAUCGCACAUUUAAUUUGUUGAGCAAAGUUGUUUUUUGAUACAUUUUGCAGUGAUCUACACUAUGAACACUUUAUUAGUUAUGCGCGAGAAGGCUUCUGCAGUACCAAGACACAGGGUCUGGUAUGGAAGAUUCGGAAAGUUGUAACAAGAUGGCGGAGCAAACAGUAAUUCCUGUUUCUGCAUAAAAUAAGGCCUGUUGACAUAUAUCACACCACUUAAUAUCUCAACCGGGAAUUCUGAAGCCGUUACCUGCUUUAAAAAAAGUAAGUUCCAAACAAGUUGCUAUAUUGAAACUACAACGGUAGUAUGUACAAGUACAUGAAACUUGAAUGGUGUUUGGCAAAAUGCGACAGUUUUGUAGUUCCAAUUUAUUUCAUUGGAACCGCACAUGCAGAUCAGAACCACUUCAAUUGCUUGAGUAAAGCAAAUUAUUUUAAAAGUUAAUUCAUUUUGUAAUCAUUCCGGUGCAACCUUUAAACAAAAAUGAAACAAUUUAGUCACAGUCUGCAGCCCUGCACAUGCUCACAAACAUUCACACACACACACACACACACACACACACACACACACACACACACACGCACAUACAAAAUACCACAAAGAGCUCUGAGGACAAUGCUUCCAUGAAAAUGCAAAGAUUACGUUGAUGGAAAUGACCCUAACAAAUAUAGAUUGCUUAUAAGCAGGUUCCAAUCAGUUUAUUUAUGCAUGCACUGUAUGUUUUGAGAAAAAUAAAAUGCAAAGAUUUUGAAUAUGAAUAAAA